AUGCCCGGCACCAGAGAAACCCAAAUGGAAAGAGAACCACUGACCGGGAUCGAAGUCCUUGUAAUAGGAGGCGGCAUAGGCGGUCUAACCUUUGCCAUCGAAGCCUAUCGCAAAGGCCACAAUGUACGAAUUCUCGAACGAAACCAGGAAGGCCAAUACUCUGGCGAGAUCAUCAUGAUAACCAGUUCCGCACUCGAAACGCCCAAGAAGUGGCCCGGCUUCAUGGAGCGUGCCAGAACCAUCGCCUCACCGCCGGAUUUCGACCUGCGCAAAUAUGACGGCACGUUCAUCCAGCACCACGCGCCUGGCGAUGCUAAGAAUCUUUCCUUGAACAUCUACCGAAAGAGACUUCACAACCUGCUUAAUACGUACGUCAAGGAGCUUGGUAUCCCCAUAACAUACGAGACGAAAGUGGGCACAUACUUUGAGACGAACCACACGGGCGGUGUUAUCCUCGACACUGGUAAAAGAAUAACUGCAGAUGUGGUUGUGGCGGCAGAUGGCGUGGGCUCCAAGUCUCGUGAGAUCAUCGAUGGGAACAAAGAUAAACCAAUCAGUUCUGGUUUUGUGGUCUACCGUGCUUCUUUCCCAGCUGAACCGGCCCUCGAGAAGUAUUCGCUUGUUGCUAAGGAAUUUGGGGGCUACGAUCACCGCACAUUCAUGUAUAUUGGUCCAGGCGCGCAUAUUGUCUUUGGGAUCGAUCAGGGCGACUUCUGCUAUCUCUUGACCUGCAAGGAUGAGAACAGCGCAGCAACAGAGAGUUGGUCAAAAACUACGUCUACGGAUAAAAUUCUCCAGGUUGUCAAAGAUUGGGAUCCGCUUGUGACUGAGGUGAUCAAGGCAACUCCGAAUAAUCAGUGUCUCGAUUGGAAACUCAUGUGGCGCGAUCCACAGCCACAGUGGGUGUCAGAAGGUGGUCAUGUCGUUCAGCUGGGCGACGCGGCGCAUCCAUUCUUGCCUACGUCGUUCAGCGGCGGCACAAUGGCAAUGGAAGACGCGUACUCACUGGCAGCCUGUCUGCAUAUCGAUGGCAAGAAGGACGUUGCGCUUGCGACAAAAGUUCAUAACAAGCUGAGAUUCGAGCGAGUAUCCUGCGCGCAGAAAAUGGGCUUCAAGAACAGAGAAGUCUUUCACAACACCGAUUGGAAAGACAAGAAGGCGGCGCCGAAGAAGGAGGAAAAGAUGGUCGGGAAUUGGUUGAUCUACCAUAACCCUGAGCAGUACGCUUACGACAACUACUACAAGUGUGCUGAUCAUUUGCUCACGGGCGCCGAGUUUGAAAACACGAGCAUUCCACCAGGAUACAAGUACAAACCGUGGACUGUGCGCGAGCUACUGGGGGCUUCGGAACGUGGCGAAGCGGUUGAAGACGAAGGUGACUGGUCAUAG